GAGGGAGGGAGCAAUUGAAUUUCAAACACAAACAACCGCAUGGGUCUCGGGCCCUCCGCCGCUGCGCCGCGCCGCCGCUGACCCCGACCGGGGGGGGGGGGGGGCAGAGCAGCCGCUGCCUCCGCGCCUCCCCCUUCGGAUUUUUUUUGUUGUUGCUGGGUUUUUUUGGGGUGUUUUCCUUUUUUUUCCCCAUUUUUUUAGUUAAUCCCCUGCCUCGCCGCGUUUUGCCUCCCAAACUUCAUCCCUAACCCCCCUCCUCCCCUCCCCCAUCCCUUCCCUCCCCCCCCCCACCCUCCCCUCCGCCGCCCGUUCCUCCGGUCCCGGGAGGAGCCGCCAGCCACGAUGUCCCGGUCCAACCGGCAGAAGGAAUACAAAUGCGGGGACCUGGUUUUCGCCAAGAUGAAGGGUUACCCUCACUGGCCUGCCCGGAUUGACGAGAUGCCAGAAGCUGCAGUCAAAUCCUCCUCCAAUAAAUACCAAGUCUUCUUCUUCGGGACCCACGAAACAGCAUUCCUGGGGCCCAAAGACCUCUUCCCCUACGAGGAGUGCAAGGAGAAGUUUGGAAAACCCAACAAGCGGAAAGGCUUCAGCGAAGGUUUGUGGGAGAUCGAGAACAACCCCACGGUCAAAGCCUCCGGUUACCAGCCCACCCAGAAGAAGAGCUGCCCCACGGCGGCCGAGCGGGAGGCGGAGGGGGACGGGGAGAAGAAGGGCAACGCUGAGGGCAGCAGCGACGAGGAGGGGAAACUGGUGAUCGACGAGCAGUCCAAGGAGAAGAACGAGAAAGGCGGCACCAAGAGGAAAGCUGAGGAUGCUUUGGAGGAUUCCCCCAAACGCCCCAAGGAUGCAGAGGGACAAGAAGGGGACAAGAAGGUGGACAACGAAGAGGCGCCCAAAGAGGAGCCCAAAGGCAACCCCGGCGAAGGGGAGAAGAACAGCGACGCCGCCGACACGCCGGCCACCAACCAAGCCAAGCAGGAGGGCAAGGAGGAGGUCAGAGACCACAAGGAGAGAAUUUUGCCUCUCUUCUUGGCUCCUCACAGCCUGUAGUGGCUUCCCUGGCGAGCUGAUCCUUCCCCCUCUGGCUCCUGGGUGCUGCCCCACGCCGGCUCAUCGUGUCAGGAGCUCCAGACAAGAGAAACCACCCCAAAAGGAAAUUUCCAAAAGAAAAAAGAGAAAAAAAACUACCAAAAAAAAAAAAAAGAGGAAUGCAGAGCAGCCCGGUACUGACCCCGAGCGCUCCGUGCCUGCCCUGCCGUGGGCACACGCUUUGUAUUGGUGAUUCCUCGGGGCUGAGCAGUUGAUUUGAAAUAAAAGCAAAUCUUGCCUUUUUAAAA